GUUUCUUUUAAUCCCAGCGGACAUGACGUAAAGGAUCGUUGUAGCCAUGAGCUCGUUCACAGGGCGGAUGAAGGAGUAUCCCGCGCUGUCCCUGGACCGGUUCGACCGGGACAACAUCUUCUCCCGGGCUUACUUCCUGUCCCACUGCCACAAAGAUCACAUGAAGGGGCUGAAGGGGCCUCUGCUGAAGAGGAAGCUUCAGUUCAGUCGCACAGUCCGGCUCUACUGCUCUUUUGUGACCAAGGAGCUCCUGCUCAGUAAUCCUAAAUACCAGUUCUGGGCCCAGUUCAUAGUUCCACUGGAGCUGGAGAGUCCCACUCAGAUCUCCCUGGUGGACGAGGCUUCAGGAGAGAAAGAAGAGCUCGUGGUGACAUUGCUUCCUGCAGGUCAUUGUCCGGGCUCUGUCAUGUUCCUGUUCGAGGGUUCUCAGGGAAACGUGUUGUACACAGGAGACUUCAGGUUCGCUGUGGGAGACGCGUCCAGGAUGGAGCUUCUCCACUCGGGAAGCAGGGUUAAAGAUAUUCAGAGCAUUUAUCUGGACUCCACUUUCUACGACUCUCGCUUCUAUCAAAUACCCACUCGAGAGGUGUGUCUGAAUGGCAUCUCGGAGCUCAUUGGAAACUGGAUCACUCAGAGUUCUUAUCACGUUGUGUGGCUCAACUGUCGAGCUGCGUACGGAUACGAAUACCUGUUCACCAACCUGGGAGAGACGUUCAACACUCAGAUUCAUGUAAAGAAUCUGGAGAUGUUCAAGAAGAUGCCAGAGAUCCUGAGCUACGUGACAACCGACCGCAGGACUCAGAUUCACGCCUGUCGACACCCGAAGGCUGAGGAGUAUUUACAAGGCAACCGGCUGCCGUGUGGUUGCACCGCCGGGGACGGGACUCGUCUUCAAAUCAUCAGCAUCAAACCGUCGACCAUGUGGUUCGGGGAGAGAACCAGGAAAACCAAAGUUAUAAUAAAAACAGGAGCCUUUUCCUACAGAGCCUGUUUCAGUUUCCACUCUUCUUACGCUGAGCUGAAAGACUUUCUGACGUAUCUUCAGCCUGUCAACAUCCAUCCCAGCGUGAUCCCUAUGGGCCGGACUCUGACUGAGGUCACACAGAUGUUGAAGCUGAUGUGCAGGGACCAAUCUGAUCAGACAGCGUUCGUAUAUAAACCUCUGGGAGUCCUCAAACGCAGCAGGAUGGAGCAAACUACCAACGAUUCUGGCAGCGAUGACGACCUGUUUGACAGACUGGGUGUGGCACCAGUGAGGAAGAAGAUGGGGCUGAACCAAGAAGAAGAAGAAGAGAAAAUUCAGAGUCACCAGAGAACAGCGCCCCCUUUAUCUGUGGAUGAGUCUUUAACUCGGUCAGUCGCCGACACACAGUCUGUUGCAUGUGACUACGUCGACUGCACCGAGUCCAAUGGUGAAGAUGAGGAAGAGGAGGAGGAGCACGAGGGACAGGGGGACAUUAAACCGAUGAAGGAGGAGGUGACUCAAGAAGAAGAGAACAAGAUGGAGGCAGAAAACCAAGAGAUUCCAAAGUGGGAGGACUUCUUCUAUGCAGAAAUGCCGACUGACAGCCAGAACAGCCAAUCACAGUCCUGCUGCUCCUACGCCACACCCUCCCCCUCCAGAAUGACCAGCUCGCAGACGCCCGAACUGUUCAGUGAUGAUGACGGAGAAGAAGAAACACCUGAAAGCAACGACCACGAACCCUUCAGCCUGACCCUGUCUGCCUCCUUGUCCAAUCAUUCGUCCCAGAACAUGGACUCGUGUUUCCCCGACACCUUGAUCCUACAGCCGGAGCGAGAACGAGGAGAAACGGGGACCAAUACGGUCGCUCAGAGGCAAGAGGACUACGGUCCGAUCCUCCAAUCAGAGCCGGAGGAGCUGUCACACUCUCAGGCGUCGUCAGACUUUGACAUUCCCUGCACGCCAGAGUCGAAGGCGCCACGACCAGAUGAACUGUCCCAGCUGUACCAGGCGUUGGCGUCAGGAGAGGAAGACCUCCUCAGAAAAGGGAGUAAGGGCGUUGCUUGACUGAGAGGAAGAUGAACGUUGUGGCGGCUCCAGAAAGUGAAGCCGAUCUGGUGCCUGGCUGCUGUAAAGCUCUUAAACCCCAACUCCUCCAUGUAUGUGGAUGGGACAUGAACCAAACCAAGUAUAAAUGUUUCUCAGGGAUCAAAACAAAUUUAAUUUAAAUAUUUUAGUUUCUGUUUGUCAGGUUUUCAUCCCUGUCUGUUUGUUUGUACACAAGAUGACACAGAGUCCAGUGGUGGAAGGACGUGUUACUGCUCAGGAAAGAAUCCAUUACAUUCCGGUGCGGAUCUCCUCAGGGAGGAUUGUUCCAAAGAGGAAAAUGGUGAAAAACAUUAUCUCACGAAGUUAAAGAAAUAGAAAUAUAAUUCCUGAAUCCGCGCCCUGAUCCAGAUUUGCACCAAUAAAUCUCCCGUGAGUCAUUCCUCAUCCUUCCACCAGGUUUCAUGUGAACCCGUCCUCUAGUUUUAACAUCUCGCUCACAAACAAACAAACGGGUGAAAACACAACCUCCUUGUUGGAGGUAAAUGUUGAUUAUUUUCCUGUCGACGGACCAGCGGAUUCACUAAUGAGCGACUGCAGCCUCGGCCAUGUUAAAGAUAAUCAGCUGAGUGAGAUUCAGUGUAACGGCUUCACAGCAGGAAGCAGAGCACGCCAGCAGGAAGCUCCCAGAGGAGUCAACAGUGGUCGGGAUUAAAAACAACGUGCAGCCUCCCGGAGCUUCACAACAAACCGUCUCUCUCACGGAGUCCUGGUUUGUUUCCACGUCCACGAAAACACACAAGUCUGCCAGCAGGUCGUCAGGGCGGCCAUGACAGGAGCCGGCGUCUCUCACAGAGGACACAGAGGGGCGACGUCCUCCACUGCUGGUUCAAAUGUGAAACUCCUGAUGAGACUGAGCGUGUGAAAGACGCCUGCAGGGAUUCAUCUGCUUCUCCGUCGACGGACCUCAUCCCUCCAUCACUUGCACGUCGCACCCUGCAGGUCACACGGAGGCAGAACAGACCACGAGAACAGUUCAUUUCCAAGAAAAAGUCAAACUUUAAAUGUGAUUUAAAUUGAUUUGUUGACAAAACAAUGCACUUUACUUAAUUACAAUGUUCUGAUGUUUGUCACAGCUGCUUUAAAAACGUUGUGAUUUAAUCACCUGUUAAGUUUUCACCUGUCUGUUAGUGUUUAGUUUGCAGGAUUAAGCUAAAAGUGAGAAAUGACUCAAAGUAGAAUCUUUGGUGCAGAUCAAGGGAUUUCUUUUUCUUUAACACGAUAGGAAGUUUUUCAACAUUGUUCUUGAUUCUCAGAGAUUAUUUCAAGAAUCCUGAUGAAAACAAUGUUUAGAGGAAUGAUAUUUAUGCGGUUUCUGUUUUCCAUUCAGAUACUUUCUGAU